GGGCCUUUUAUUCCGGGCACCGGGUCGUUUCUCCCCGGAGGCGGGACUCCCUGUCCGGAAGAGCAUGGCGGCCACCGCUGUGAGGAGGUUUUGGUCCCGUGGCCACGGAGCGGCGUCGGUUGACCCGGCGGCGGCGAAGCCGCGCGUGUGGGGCCGGCUGGGCGCCUGGGCGCGCGCGCUGCUCCGGGACUAUACGGAGGCGUGCCGGGACGCGGCGGCGGCCGCUCGGGCCCGGCCCGGGUGCGCGGCGCUCUACGCGGGGCUGCUGGGCGGCGCGGCGACCUGCUGCGCGCUAGCGCCGGGCGAAGAGGCCUUCGAGGAGGCGCUGCUGGACGCGUCGGGGUCGCUUCUGUUACUGGCGCCGGCCACGCGCAACCGCGACGCGGAGACCUUCGUGCAGCGGUUGCUGUGGCUACGGGGCCGCGGGCGCCUGCGCCACGUGAACCUGGGCCUGUGCUCGCUCGUGUACGAGGCGCCCUUCGACGCUCAGGCUAGCCUCUACCAAGCCCGCUGCCGCUACCUGCAGCCCCGCUGGGUCGACUUCCCUGGCCGAAUCCUGGAUGUGGGGUUCGUCGGGCGCUGGUGGAUCUUGGGGACCCGGAUGCGCGAUUGCGACGUCAACGACGACGAGUUCCUCCACCUGCCCGCCCACCUGCGCGUGGUCGGGCGGAACCAUCUGCACUCCGAGGCCAACGAGCGGCUCUUCGACGAGAAAUACCAGGCCGUGGUGCUCACCGACGACCAGGUGGACCAGGCGCUGUGGGAGGAGCAGGUGCUGCAGAAGGAGAGAAAGGACCGGAUCGCCCUGAGCGAGGCUGACUCGCUGGUGCUGCCGCAGGUGGCCCAGUGAGCCCCGGGGGAAUCCCUGACAACCUGCUGGGCAGAGGGGUGAAGCUGAGGAGACAGAUCAGUUCUAGGCGCAGAUCCCCUCUGCCGCCCCUGUCUUUUGUCUCGCUAGCUGAAGCUACUUCAGAGCCUUAUUGGUCUUGGGCAAAGGAUGGAGGGCGUGGAAGGGUAGCUGAUAAUGAGCCUCUUACAUGAGCGACUCUCAGGCGGGAUGUGAUUCGGCGUGCCUGAAGUCCCAGGUUCCAUCCUCAGCUUUACAAAAACAACAGGAGCCUAUUUUGUUUUACUUGAUUUAUAUCUACAAGUGCUUGCAGAUGGAGGUUUCAUUUUGACAUGCCCGUUUAUGUGCCUAGUGCAUUUUUAUCAAAGUAACUCCGUUCCCCACCAGGUACAUCUAGUUUCCUUGCCAUUUUCACCUGUAUUUGAUGUUUGUUUGAGCUGGCUUUGAACUUGAGCAGCUCCUGAUUCACCUCGUAGGUGCUAGGAUUAUAGGUGGGCAUGAUCACCAUGGCUGGAUCUUUAGGCCUUAUGGGACCCCCAACAGACAUACCACAUUGGGUCAGGUGAGUCCUAAAUGCUCCUAAGACCAUUUAUACUUUCUUUAUACUUUGUGUGUGUGUAUAUUUGACUUUUUGAGAGUAAGGUUUCUGUGGCAUCUAGGCUGGUCUCAAACUCAUGGGCUCAAGUGAUCUGCCCGCAUCAGCCUUCCUUGCUUGUAGCUAGAUUACAGGCAUGCACCAUCAUGUCUGGUUUCAGAUUUUUUUUUUUUUUUUUAAAAUCUGGGGACUGAACCAGAACCCAGGGGCCUUGCUUCUGCUAGGCCAUAACAAAUACGAGAAAUCAAAAUUGGUGUGACUGCUUGUAAGAGGCUUUUUUGCACAUCAGCCUGAUCUUACUGACUGUGCAGCGCCAGUGAUUGGAAGUGGCUUGUCCUGAUGUGAAAGUCUUUAUGGAUGGUGGAUUCUGUUGGUGUUGUACAUCAGAGACUCUGAAAGGAAGAAGCAGUGGAUGGUAGGUGGCACUUAGGCUGGGUUGUGGUCAUAAUAACCUUCAAGCAAAACUAUUAGGAUGAGACUGCCUGUGUUAUCUGGGAGCUUCUGCCUGGCUAAUAAAACUGUGAAAUGGAA